CCCCAGUGCCUCUCGCCCGGUGAAGAGAUCCCCGACUCGCAUAAUAACCGCUGCGUCCCCGAGAAAUGGGGGAAUCUUUGGAUCACGGUGCCAGCAUGUUUGUAGGCCAUCUCGGUCACUUGAGCACGAGCCAAGAACGGGCGCUCGAAGCCUUCAAGACUAUUCUCGCGGAUGCCAAACUCUAUGACCCUGCAAACCCCAAACUCGAUGAUCCGACAUUGCUACGAUUCCUCCGAGCACGCAGCUGGGACCCUAAAGCGGCUUUAAAGCAGUUUUCGGACGCCCAGGAGUGGAGAAAGCAGCACGAUGUCGACAAUCUCUUCUCUUCAUUCGAUACUGCCGAAUUGGAGGACAGCAGAAGAUUUUAUCCGCGCUGGACGGGGAGGCGAGACAAGUAGAGUGGCUUGCCAAUAUACGUAUACCACCUUUCAUCUAUGAAUUCAGGGGUCCAGAAGGAACUCAACGCGGUUGCUCCUGAGCGCCGUUACCAACGCAUUGUUGUUCUUUAUGAAUGCAUGGUCGGGUUUAUACUGCCCCUAUGCAGUGCGCUCCCGCACGGAACAGACACUCCAAUCACUUGCGUAAUGACCAUCAUCGACUUGAGCCAGGUCUCACUGGGAUCCAUGUGGAGUUUGCGCAGUCAUCUGGCCGAGUCGUCAAAGCUUGCGACAGCGAACUAUCCAGAGACGUUGGGUACCAUUGCAGUUGUCAAUGCGCCCUCGUUCUUCCCGACCAUCUGGAAUUGGAUCAAGGGCUGGUUCGACCCGGGCACCCGCAACAAGAUCCAUAUCCUGGGCAAAGAUCCAAGCGAAACCCUGCUGCAGCUUAUCGAUGCGCAGAAUCUCCCCAAGCAGUACGGUGGCUCGCUGGAAUGGGAUUUUUCAUGCGAUCCAAACCUGGACGAAGCUGCGAUCGCCCUCGUCGGAGAGAUGCCCAAGGGACCGACUGUUUUUGUAGACGGUGUUGUCACUAGACCGUAAAGUAGCGAGAAGUAUCAUCAUGUAGAACUCAUUGGGACAGUACUUAUCUCGCUUCGGGAUGACGUCCUGAUCACAUUCUCAAACCAUCAAUUUGACCAUGUAUCCCUGGCACGCUCUGAUGCUCUCUCAUCACUGUCGUCAACGAACUCGACGUUUUUGCAUAUAAAUCCUGCUGGCGAGAUGCACAGACGACCUGUUGCUCUUCCUGUUCUCUGUUGUCCCUUUUUCUUUCCUUCUUAUCAUGGCCGGGGUAUUAUCUCCCUUUUUCUUUUUCUCUCUGGCCUGUCUGCCUUUGCUGUGCAAGGCGCGAAGGUGUCCGCGCGGGGACCCUCCAAGGCCAACGAUGUGAUCGUCCAGAUGUUUGAGUGGCCGUGGGAUAGUGUUGCAUCCGAAUGCAGUUUCUUGGGCUCAGCCGGGUUCGGAUUUGUGCAAGUCAGCCCGCCGACGGAGCACAUCACGGGCCCGCAGUGGUUUACGGACUAUCAACCGGUGUCGUAUACGAUUUCAUCGAAGCGAGGCAACCGGACGCAGUUCGCGAACAUGGUCUCGAGCUGCAAUUCCGCGGGAGUAGGGAUCAUCGCAGAUGGCAAGUGGAGGAAGAUCCGUCCCCUUUUUUCCGCGUGCUGCGAUAUACUAAACUCGAGAACAGUGGUUACGAACCAUAUGACCAGCGGAGCAGGAACCGGCUUCGCAGGCACUGUGUACACCAAGUACAGCUAUCCGAUCUACUCUGCCGACAAGUUUCACUACUGCCAAGGUGGCACCACGGCAUCGACGAUCUCCAACUUUGACAAUAUCACGGAAGUCCGCACCUGCGAGCUUGUCGGAUUGGCCGACUUGGCCCAAGAGCAGCCUGCUGUUCAGAGCACGAUCGCGGGACUCUUGAACGAUCUGCUGUCUCUGGGCGUGGCUGGCUUCCGGGUGGACGCUGCCAAACACAUGGACCCGGGCACCCUCAAAGCCAUCUUUUCGCAGUUGAAUGGAUCGCCGUAUAUCAUCCAGGAGGUGCCAGCCGGCGGUGCCAGCGAGCCCGCCCAGUAUACCGGUAACGGGGAUGUUAUCGAAUUCGGUGCCACCUCGUUCCUUCAACAGUCGUUUGAGGGAAGCAACGGGAACUCGGUGUCGAACUUAGUCACUCCCACCCCCCUCAGUUCAGAAUUCGGGAUUAUUGAUGGCCUAAAUGCCAAUUUCAUCAUGGCUAACCAAGACACGGAACGUUCCGGGAACUCGCUCACCAGUAAUUCAGCCAACAACGCUUACGUGCUCUCCGCCAUCUUCAUGCUUGGCUUCAACUACGGCACUCCGACGGUCUUCUCUGGAUACAAUUUCACGUCGUUUGACCAGGGCGCCCCUCAAGACGCUGCUGGCUUUACUGACGAGAUCACCUGCUUCCAGAAUGGAUUCCGAUGCGAGCACCGCUUCACGGCAAUCGCAAACAUGGUUCAAUACCACAACGAAGUUGGCUCUAAUCCGCUGACGAACAUCGCUGUCGGCACGAAACAGCAAGUGGCGUUCGGUCGCGGUGCUGCCGGAUUCUUGGUCGUGAAUAACGACGCCACGGCAUGGUCUCAAACUUUCGCUACGUCUCUGCCAGCGGGGAAUUGUGAGCAGCUCUUUUUUCUUCCUUGAUCAAGAGUGCCCUGCUAAAUCAAUAUUUCGAGACUGUGACAUCAUCCACGACUCGGACCCGAACCCAGCAACUUGCACAGGACCGACAAUCACUGUGGCCGCCGAUGGGACAUUUUCUGCUUCCGUCAACGCUUUCGAUGCGCUUGCAAUCCGCGCUAGUUCCACUGCUCCGUAACGAUGGCCGAGAGGAAAAUUGAACAUCAUGUGACCAGGAUGACUCUGUGUCGGCAUGUCUUAGUUACACCUUCAUUUCGUCUUUACCCGUCCCGCGAUAAAUACGCGAGCUUUGUUUCAGGGAGGUCCAGCCAUCAUGCUUGGUCUCCCGGCCUUGACCAGCCUCCUGCUCCUGCCAUCUGUUGUCGCGUUCCCGCAUCUCUUCGACGUACGGGAGAGCACAGCCUCAGCUACGCAACCGAGCCCAAGUACGACGAGUCUCCCGGAUUCGGCACUCAAUGUCACCCAGAGCUCCAGCUCCAAUUCGUCGCUGGAUGGAUUGCUGGUCGCGAGUGUGAUCCAGGUCCAUCAGUCGUUUGAGAGCGCCUUGACGACGGCAAGCGCUCUUACGCAGACGAUAUCCGCCAUUGUGACAGGGAGCGCCGCGAACAGCAUUCCGUCGGAUCUCAUCGCGGGUUUCGUGAACUGGACAGCGAACUGCUCCGCGGCCGUGAACCAGCUGACGGCGACGCUCAUCGUCGGCUACCCGGCAAGUAACGCCGGGUACGCGAAUGCGUCGCUUUCGUCCGUCGCCGUGAAUAUCGUCGCCAUGGCGGACCAAAUCCAAGAUCUCCAAGUAGCCCAGUCCCAGUUCAACCUGCAAUUUAUCCCUUCGCUGCAGAAUCUGCUGCAUUCUUUCUCGCUUCUGAAUUUCUUCUACGGAGACAACGAUCAACUGCUCCGCGCGAUCCGUUUCUUCAACGCAUCUCUCUCGCUGCUGCUUAGGUUCCAAUUCUUCGUUUGAUUGUAUCAAUAGCAAGUGUAC